UUCCUCUAGAGAGCGGCUAACAUGUUUAGCGGCUAACAUGUUUAUCUUCCUCUAGAGAGCGGCAUACCUGCCCAGGUGGUGGCUGCCAUCGACGUCAACACGACGGCCAAUCAAAUCUACAGGCACAACUUCCCCGACACCACCCUCUGGAACAAGACCAUUGAGGGCAUAACUCUAGAUGACUUUGAUAAAUUACCCGUCGACAUGAUUGUGAUGAGCCCUCCAUGCCAGCCUUUCACCAGGGUCGGACUUCAGGGGGACAUCGCCGACUCCAGAACCAAGAGCUUCCUGCACAUCCUCCACCUUCUGCCCAGGCUGUGCCGGCGGCCCCGCUUCAUCCUGCUGGAGAAUGUGAAGGGCUUCGAGGUGUCCUCUGCCAGGCAGCGCCUGGUGGAGACACUCGUGGAAUGCGGCUACACUUUCCAGGAAACCAUGAUCUCACCCACAAGUGUCGGGAUCCCAAAUUCCAGGCUGCGCUAUUUCCUGACUGCUAAGUUAUCAACAGCUAACGAAAGCAGCCAGAGUUCAAAGAUUCCAGAGGCCUUCCCACAUCCUGCUGGUGCUUCUCCUCACCAGCACAGCGUCGUCUCCAGUCCUCCCAGUGCAGCUACGGGCCGGCCAGACGAGGACACGCAGGGGGGUCAUGUCCUCUAUAAGCAAGAGACCGAGAGGGAGGCCCAGAGGAAGACCAGUCAGAACCAGGACCUGUCCGUCAGGCGCAUCCGGGACUUCCUGGAACCGCCAGGGGACGUGAACAUGGAGCACUACCUCCUGCCCCCCGGCACCCUGCUGAGAUAUUCCCUGCUGCUGGACAUCGUUCAGCCCACCUGCAGGAGGUCCGUGUGCUUCACUAAAGGCUACGGCCGCUACGUGGAGGGGACGGGCUCAGUGCUGCAGUGCUGCGUGGAGACGGAGGUAGGUUUGUCAUGGAGGGUAUUGGGCGUAGAUGAAGGAAAGAAGGUGUGUGCUUGCUUCAUGGUGAGAACGUGCUUCACGACCUCCUGGGUGACAUCAUCGAGCAGAAGCUCUUCUGCUGUGCGUCCUCCAGAUGGAAGAGCGU